UUUCGGCCUUUCCUUUUUCUUGUAUAUAAGCUACUAGCUUUUUGUUUGUGUGGAAUAGGUAUUUCCUGCAGAUUUGGUUUAAUAAUAUCCUAUAUCCUUUCUCGACUUCAAAACCAAACUAUAUAGGUAGGUACAUUUGUACGCGCAAAUAGGUUCAGUGGUUUAGGUGUGAAGAAAAGAAAGUUUGUAAUAUUAGUUUGUGAAUGUUCCUACGAUGUUCCUUGAUUUUAUUCUUUGAUUUACGAAGCUGGCAACAUCUACUUGAAUGUGUCAUCCUAUUAAAUCACUAAGUUCUGUCUUUUACGUCAUUCACAAAGUAUUGGAAUCUCAAGCAUGUAAUUCUUGUAAUUUGAACAAACAAUUUAUGAAUAAACAUUCCUUUUUGAAAUGAGAUGGAGGGGCCGAAUGUUAAAGAGUCCCCGGGUUGUGCAGGCUGCUUGAAUGACAUCGGUGAUGACGACUACGUGACCGCACUCAAUCAAGACUGGCAUAAAGACUGCUUUCGGUGUUCAGUGUGCGAUGCCCUGCUAUCGACGUGGUACUUCGAGAAGGCGGGCCUGUUGUUUUGUCAGGACGACUAUUGGGCCCGGUAUGGGGAGAGCUGCCAGCAAUGUGCACAGGUGAUAACGGGUCCGGUGAUGGCGGCAGGCGAGCACCGCUUUCACCCGGAGUGCUUCAUGUGCGUGGCCUGCGGAUCUCACAUCGAGGACGGGGAGCCCUAUGCGCUACUCGAGCGCUCCAACUUAUACUGUGGUGCUUGCUACGGUACCACGGUGCGGUCGGUGUCCCACUCCAUCCGUGUGGUGGAGGUACCUCCCUCCUCUGUCAAGGUCACACACACCCCGCCCGCCACUAUCACUGUCAAAGAAAUCGACUCGUCAUGUGGCGUGUUGACGUUACACAUUGGCGACAGGAUCCUCGAGAUUAACGGCACUCCUGUGAGGAAUAGGCCUCUGGAUGAAAUCGAGAGGGCGUUAGGACGACCAGACACCGUUAUUCAGGUAUGA